GAGAUGUGGUCCAUGGGAUGAUUUGUCUCUCUUGACGAGGACAGACGCAAUAUACGUCGAAGCGCUGCCGUAGGGGUCAUCCCUUUUGAGCCGUGGUAGCGCUGCGGGCUGCCCUUUGCGCCUCUCCCGCCGGCCUGCAGACAAUCCAGACCCAUAGAGCUAAUAUCGGCAGAGUGCAGACUACGUUCGGCCUCACGCCGUCGCGCAUACACACCAAGAUGACGACGACCUGGGACCACGUCCUGCGCACGGCCCUGAUUAACUUGCACGCCUUCGAGUUCGGCUACACCGUCGCGUUCACGGGCGCGACGCUCCAGUCGAUGAUCGACGCCGUCGACCUCUGCGGCGGCGCGGACCUCUGCGCCGAGGCGUCGUUCGUGGCCUCGGCGGCGCCACUGGGCGCGCUGCUCGCCGCGGCGGUCGCCGGGCGCCUGCUGGAUAGCUAUGGACGCCGGACGUUCCUGAUCGCCGUGAGCGGGCUCUGGGUGGUCGGCUACGUCGUCGUCGCCUGCGCGUCGUCGCUGCUCGGCUUCGCGGCGGGCCGCGCGGUCGCGGGCGCGGCCAUGGGCGCGACGUCCGUGGCGGUGCCCGUUUACGCCGCGGAACUCGCGCCGCCGAGGCUGCGCGGCCCGCUGGGCGGCCUCUUCAACGUGUUUAUCUCUGCGGGUAUUUUGGCGGUGUUCGCGCUCGGCGCGCGGGGCACGGACGACGGCGUCUGGCGGUGGAUGGCUAUAGCGGCCGUCGCGCCCGCGCUCGCGGUCGGCCUGGGCCUGCACCGCGGCUGGGUGCCCGAGUCGCCGCGGUGGCUCGCGCAGCAGGGGCGCGCGGCCGAGGCGAAGGAGGCGGCCGAGCAUUUGUUCGGCCGCGGCGCCGCGGCGGACGAGGCCUGCGCCGUCCCGGAGCCCGCGAAGCGGCGCGCGUCACAGCGGUCCGUGGCGGUGGGGGUUGGUGUUGUGGGCUGCUUCGCGUUUUGCGGGAACAGCUGCAUCCAGGCCUACAUGAGCGUCGUGCUCGAGGGCGCCGGGCUGUCCGAGGCGAGCGCGCGGGCGGGCGCCAUCACCUACGCGUCGACGCAGUUUGUCUUCGCGGUCCUGAUGGCCCUCUACGGCGUGGCGCGCUUCGGCCGACGGCCCCUGCUCAUUGCCUCGGCGAUGGGCGCCACGGCUGCUCUGACCGCCAUGAGCACCUUCACCGAAACGCAGGAAGGGCUCUCGGCGUCGUUGGCCGCCGACGCGUACAUCGCGGCGGUCACGCUCGGCCUGUCCACGCUCUCCUGGGUCUACUGCGCAGAAGUGCUGCCCGAUGGCGAGCGGGGCCGGGGUAUGGCCUACGCGACGUGCUUGUUCUGGGCCACUACGUUCGCGUCGUUGCAACUCUUCGACGUGGCUGUCGCCACGCUCACCGUCGCCGGAGUCCUCGGGCUCUUCGCGCUCUUCUCCGCGGGCGGCGCCCUGUUCUGCUACGCGUUCGUCGUGGAGACGCGGGGCGCGGCGUUAUCCGACGUGCAGCGGCUCUUCUCCGACCAGCCUCCGUCGGAGGGGGACGCGCUGCUGGCGCCGAGGGUGUAAGGUUUGCUUGUUGUGUA